UGUGCGUCUGUAUGUGUAUGUGUGUGUGUGUGUGUGUGUGCGUGUGUGUCUGCUUGGGGCUGCUACUGCUGCUGUCGGAAUUGACAGCACUUGAUGCGAAGUGUUGUGACCAGGGUGACAGGUUAUUACACCGCGGAAUUUAUUCACCAACAACUCAGCAAUCAUGGGGAAAGUGGAAGGAGGAAUGAAAUGUGUGAAAUAUCUUUUGUUCGUCUUCAACUUCAUAUUCUGGCUGAUGGGCUCCCUGGUGCUGUCGGUCGGGCUGUGGCUGCGCUUCGACCCUGAGACGGUGUCCCUGCUCAACGGACAUGGGGCCCCGGAGACAUUCUUCAUCGGGGUGUACAUCCUGAUCGUGGCUGGCAGUCUGGUGAUGCUGGUGGGCUUCUUCGGUUGUUGCGGGGCCGUUCGGGAGUCUCAGUGUCUUCUGGGCUCAUUCUUCGCCUGCCUGUUGAUUAUAUUCGGGGCUGAAGUUGCAGCUGGAGUGUUUGGAUUCCUUAACAAAGACAAGAUCAUCGAAGACGUCCAGAACUUCUAUGCCAAAACGUACGAUGACAACAACAACAGCACACUAAUCUCCUCAUACCACAAAGUGCUGAACUGUUGUGGAACCAAAGCUGCGCCCUGCAGUGAUCCUCCGGGCGAGAGCAAGGACUGUGAGGUGGGCAUCGAAGAAUUCUUCAACAGCAAACUCUACAUCAUCGGCUACGUGGGCAUCGGCAUCGCUGGUGUCAUGAUCAUUGGGAUGAUAUUCAGCAUGGUGCUGUGCUGUGCCAUUCGUAACAGCAGAGAGGUAAUCUGAUCUGCGUUGGAGCCCUGGAAGUCUCCCCCUGCUGUCCCUUCAGACCCUGUUGUGAAUUACUGCACGAUGAAGUGAACACCCAUCUAUAAAUCCUUUCAUAUGAUCCAGGGACAGCGGCCAUUAGACCACCCUUUACAAAUACUGGUGCUUUGAUCAAUAACCUACCCUCGAUCGUAAAGACAUGCCACAAUGUUUCUGAGUAACUCAAUUAACCCAAGUCAUUUUGUCAUGAAUUGUGUUGAAUCACAAUAUUUACACCCACUGUAACCACUUUGCCAAUACAGACCAUUUAAACAGUUUAUACAAAUUUGAGAAUAAUGACAUUUGGUGUACAUUGCUAGCUUCCUCCUUAAAAUUAUUGAAACGCUUACCCCAAUGAUAGCAAAAAGUUACAUUUGUAUUUGCAAUCCCCUUAUGAAAGGGACCCAAGAGUUGUUGCAGUGGUGUGCUAAGCAUGCAAGAAUCCCCCCCCCCCAACACAAUAUUAUGUAACUAAAGCCCUCGAAAAAUGAUGCCAUGGCUGUAAUGGAGAAAUGCAGAUGCAUUUGCCUUCAACAAAUGUGCAAUGCAUGUUUAUGCUCCCCAACACACACACACACACACACACACACACACACACACACACACACACACACACACACACACACACACACACACACACACACACACACACACACACACACACACACACACACAUACACAGACACAUGAUUUUUGGAAGACCACUGAUGGAUGGGUCCUCCUUCCUGUUUUAAUUGACUCAGUCAUCCGGUUGGACCGGUGGCUUCAUAUUCUACAUUAUUCAUGUAAUUUGUAUGCAAGGCAUGACGUUCUUAACAUCGUAACAGUUGACUCCCAAGACAUUGUUGACAUGGUCCAUCAAUGCUCCUGGCAUCGUGAGCAUCUAAAAGUUCCUCUUUAACCAGCCUUUAGAAAAAAAAAAAGUACAGUACAAUAACACAGCAGGCAGUAUUUGUCUGUUCAUGUCCUCUUUGUCCUUUUCCGCUUCAUUGCAUCCCAUAAACAAAAUACAAGAUGGUGGUUCCAUCUGAACCAGGGCACAGUUCAGGCCACCGAUAUCAGGGCACAUUUAUGUAAAUAUGGGUGAAUUGUGUGUGGUUUAAAACGAUACAUUGAACAGUUUUUUAAUUUAAUAUUCUGUGUUCUUAGGUCCAAACUUGCAGUAGAUAGUAUAAGGAUGUUGACAUGGACGUUAUGUGUGCCUUUGUUUGACGACAAGCUAUCACUCACAAAAAGAACAUAGAUAGAAAAAAAACUGAACAAACAGAGAAAGUAAUCGUAGCUACUAAUGUACAUAUGUUUGUAGAGUUGGACUGCGUGUUUACCGACACACACACACCCAACAUGUAGCAGGGGGGAUCUAUUCCCCCAACGAUUUCCGUUUGUUUUGUUCUUGUCAUGGAGUUUGAUAUACACUCCGAUGGGUCUGACUCUCGGACCAAGAGAACAGAUCUAAUAAAUGUAGACGGAUCUGAGAAGUCUCUCUGUUUGGUACCAAGCAUGACCCGUCUUGUUUAUCCAUAAUAGUAACUUAUACGUUGUUAAUGUUAGGCGGCGUAUCUGGAAUCCUCGUCGCCGAUGAAUCUUGGUGUUACCUUGGUAUUUCAAUAUGAGGACAUGAUGAGGUUACCAGUUAUAUCUGAAUACAGCCAUGUGUGCCAAUAGGCCAGCGAUCAGACAAGCAGUUGUAGUUAUCUGCUGGAAUCAGACACUGUAGAAUCCGUACUGGCUUAGGGAAGAAUUGAUUGAUUUAUGAUCUUUUAUCAUAUUUAACCGACCAAUCCGUCUAUCCAUAUUGUAUUCCUUCAAUGUAGGCCUAUAUGUUUCAACGUCAUGAAUGAAGUUGUUUUGUACCAUGCUCUUUGUGACUGAUAUUGUGUUGGAUUGGUUUUUUUUCUGCAUUACGUGCUUCUCAGGAAGAUUGCUGUUUGAUGCCUAAUAAAAAUAUUUUUCAAAAACA